GUUGCAGUAACGUCUCAGUAGGUCGUCUAUCCCCGGCUCGCCUGACAGACAGUCGGGCAGUCGUCCUCUCUAUCUGCCUACCUGUAUAUGUGUCCAUCCGUCGUCUCAAAACGUUGAGGUGAAGCUCGGUGAUGGAGACCGCUGUGGACCGGCGCUCUUGCUUUUCUACCCGCCGGAGACACACAAACUCACCGGGAAAAUAAGGCGACAAAUCCCGCGUUCCAACGGAAAACGCCGCCGCUGCAGUUCAUCACAACGACGCUCGCUACUGUUUCUUUCUUCCUCCUCUUCUUCUUUUUCUUCAACACGUCUUCAGAAACAGAUGCCCUGCUCGGGAAGUUACGGACAAAACACGGAUAAAUCCUCCCAAGUCGUCUUCUCCAAUUUUCAAGAGGCGCUCUCUCACCCAAAGGACUUUCUCCUCUCUGAGCCUGCUCUUUCCUGACCUCAAUAAGAAACUCUUCAAUAAGGAAACUUCCUCCUACUCAGAUCGAGGCUUCUGAGAAAUGAGCUGCCAAUGAAUCACCUACUAGGUCAUCAGUCAUCUCUACUUGGCCUGGGGGUCUUCUAGAGGGUUGGACCUCCACGCCACCAUGAAAGGGUUGGGGACCAACCGUAACAGACACCUCUCUGACUCCUGUGAACCUUCCCCAGGCCAUCCAGAGGCCCUCUACCCUCCGAGAACCAGCACCCUGACACGCAGCCCUUACCUGCUGAGCCCCACAAUGGAGCACUAUGGCACCAUGGACCCCCACCUUUAUCCAUCAGCCAACCCAGGCUCCCUUCCACCAGACUGCAUGCUGCCCCUCAACAACCAGCUGUCCAACAGCAGCACCUUCCCCAGGAUUCACUACAACUCCUAUGACCAGUCUGACUUCUCCCCCCCUGGGGACAGCAUCGGGGGGAUAAGCACGGGGACCAUGGGCACAUCCAUGUCCAUGGGCAUGGGCAUGGGAACAGGCAUGGGCAUGGCAGGGCUUAGUGGACGGACACCUAUGAUUACAAGCGGCUCAGCAACUAUUUCACAUCAUAUGACCAAAAACCAGGCCCCAACCAGUCUGCUAGAGUUUGAUAAGCAACUACCUGGAGGCCGCGACGGAUUUAGCACGUUGCAGUUUCAUCGAACAUCCGCCGUCGCUGCUGCCAAGCAGCGCACAGACAGUCCUGGUCGCAUCCGUUACAUGCUGCACUCAGUGCAGAAGCUCUUUGCGAAGUCCCAGUCACUGGAGAGCCACAACAUGAAAGGAAAUGUCAAUGGACGCUCUACUGGCAGUGGUGGAGGCUCGUCUGGCACAGAAGACGGUGGGAAGCAGAAUCGCAGAUCCAAAAGUAAAGAUAGGGGUACAAAAUCAGAGGCGACUGCCAAGCGACGACCACGCUCCAACAUGUCAGGUUACUGGAGCUCAGACGAUUUGGACAGCAGCGAUUUGAGCAGCUACCAUAACACCAUGGCCAUGAUGACUCUGGGGCGUCCAACUGGCCACGACAGCCAGGGAGGCCAGAACAGAUACAUCCACAGUGGGUACAACACUAUCAGCUCCUCCAAAACUAGCAAUGACCUGAAGUAUCAGCCACUUUCUGUGCCUGGGGGGGGAGGAGGUGGUGGACUAGGUGAAACAGGAAGAAUGGUAAUUAAUGAUAAUGACUAUAUGAAAGGAGGGUCCUGGUCCACACUGACCAUGGGCCAGCCAAGACAGGUGAUCCAGAAAGGCUCAGCUACUCUGGACAGGUCCAUGCUCAAGUCCAAAUCCUGCCAACAGGAACUAACCUGCAACUACCUGCAGGUUGGACGAAGGGGGGAUUGGAGUAGCACAUUAGGCCGCAGCGGGGGUGCCAAUGAAAUCCCAUGUCGGCGGAUGCGCAGUGGUAGCUAUGUGAAGGCCAUGGGAGACAUGGAGGACAGCGACGACUCAGAGGGAAGCCCCAAACCCUCACCAAAAGGCGCCGCUCGUCGCCAGAGCUACCUCAGGGCUACACAGCAGUCUCUGAGCGACCAGCUACCCCCACGCAACAGAACCCUGGAGUACACCUUGUUGCAGGGGGAGCUGGAUGCGCUGUGGUCUCCACUCCACAGUGUGUCCUCUUUGCACCAGCUGGGCAGGUCAAUGAGCAGCUGUCUUCCAUCUCUCAGAGAGCUCUCCAAUAAUCGCAGCCUGGACAACCUAGACUGCAUUGGGGAGACAGGGUCGUCUUUGCCACGCUGGGAUGAUGAUGACUUCAGCCAGGCCUGCAGCACCUUGGGCAGACGUAGCUGCAUGGAACAGCUACGGGACCUGGAAAUGAGCCAUCAUUACGAGGACCGCGGCUCCGAGUCCACAUACAGAGAUUCCCGUUCUCAAUCUCAGGACAACCCAGAGCCUCCAGACUUGCCCAUGCCAACAUGCUUCCGAUCACGCAGCCACAGCUACCUGAGAGCCAUCCAGGCUGGCUGUUCCCAAGAUGACGACACAGCGUCCAUAGACUCAGGCUGCUCACCGCCUCUGACUGACACCACUGUUCGCACAUACAGCUCCAGCACUGACAACCUGUCCACACAGUGGAAGACAUGGAAAGAACAGUUUGGCUCUUACCUGAUAGCCGCUGGCUUGGACAAAGCCCCAAAGGAGAAACAGCUUGCAAUUUGUCUUCAGCGUUUGGGGACAGACAGACCACGCAUCCUACCCACACGCACAGUCUCUACAUGCAUAACCACCUGUAAGAAGACUGCUCCUCCACCAGUGCCGCCGCGUACAACCUCCAAGCCCUACAUCUCCGUGACAGUGCAGAGCAGCACAGAGUCGGCCCAGGACAACUACCUGGACCAGCAGGACCGCAGGUCAGAGGUCAACAGCCAAUCAAGCCACGCUCACAGCAACUCCUCUGACAGCCUCGACAGCACUCGUGCCAACAGCCUGGCCCGCGGUAUUCCCCGCCCUCCACACAUCAUCCCCACUCCCAUCGCCACCCCGAGAGAGCCAAUUGCCCCCACCACCACCAAUGCUUCCACUGAGACAAGUGACUCAGUAGUCCAGCAUGAAUCCUUGAGGUCAGGAUUUAAUAAAGGGAACCUAGUGGCAGAGGAGCCCCUAGUGGCACCUGUACCCAGGCGGAAACUGUCCUCCAUUGGCAUACAGGUUGACUGUAUUCAGGAAGAUCCACGAGAGGAGACCCCUCCAUUGGCCAAAUUUCAGUCAAUCGGAGUACAGGUGGAGGACGGGUGGCAGCUCAGUCGCUCCAGUAGCAUGGCCUCAAAACAAGAAACAGACUCAGACACACAGGACAUCCCUGUCAUCUCCCAUAUCAAUAAUGCCAAACACUCUGAGAAAAAAAUCAUGGUCAGUAGUGCCAGCCAAUCAAUGAGCUCCCCUCCUGGACAGGACUAUUUAGACAACGGAGACACUACUGGUGACGCCUCUUCACCUCCCCCGCCCAGGCAGAUCCUCAACCGCUCCACCACACGAAGUAGCUCUUCCUCCUUCUCAGAAAGUCUGGACCCAGCGCUGGACCCCUCCUCUCUACCACCUCCAGACCCUUGGCUGGAUAGUGGGAAUGGGAGUAACAGCAGUGUUCCUCAGAGUGGAGGAGGGGGAACGCUGUGCCGGCGAGACGGCCACUGGUUCCUGAAGCUACUGCAGGCCGAGACGGGACGCAUGGAAGGCUGGUGCCAGCAGAUGGAACAGGAGACCAAAGACAACCAGCUCUCAGAGGAGGUGCUGGGGAAGGUUCGCAGUGCUGUAGGAAGUGCCCAGCUCCUAAUAUCCCAGAAGUUCCAGCAGUUCCGGGGACUAUGUGAACAAAACCUGAAUGUGAAUGCCAACCCGCGGCCCACCGCCCAGGACCUGGCUGGUUUCUGGGACCUGUUGCAGCUCUCCAUCGAGGACAUCAGCCUCAAGUUCGACGAGCUCUACCAUCUCAAGUCCAAUGACUGGCAGCCCGUGCCGUCUGCGGCUGCCCAGUCGCCCCCUGAGCGGAAGGACGAGGAGAAGGUGGCCCCUCCAGCUUCAAAGAAGCCCGGUAAGGGACGGCCAUUGCUGGGCCGCGAGAAGAGUGCAGACUCCUCAUCCACCUCUUCCUCGGCCUCGGCAGAGAAGCAGAGACAAGAGGCUCGAAAGCGUCUGCUGGCUGCUAAAAAGGCGGCCUCGUUUCGCCAGAACUCCGCCACAGAGAGCGCAGACAGCAUCGAAAUAUAUGUCCCCGAGGCCCAGACUCGCCUCUGAGAGAAACAGUGAGAGGGAAGUAUAUGGGGUCGAAUCAAAGAUGUCACCGGGAAAGAGGGGAGAAACUUUUCCGAUGCAAAAGAAAUACUCUGAAUAAAGAUGGAUUUGGGGGGCGACGGGGGGCAGAUCAGAUUCUUAGCAAUUGGGGUGGGGGUGAAUUUUGGCAUUUUUGACACACACAGUUAUAGGCUGGUCCUGGUGGCAUCAAACACUACUUAACAAAACAGAAACUUCUGUGGACCCUACAGACUACGAAGCAGGGGACUCCUCAUUUGAGGCUGCCAUUGAAAACCUCAGCCGAUGAACUUUGUCAUUUCUUGUUACUACUCUUGAUAUCAUACAAUUAUUAAUGACGGUAUUGUUAUUAUGAUGAUUAUAUCCUAAAGAAUCUAUUUGAAGACUGUUUUAAACAUUCCUCUAUCUUGGCUAUAAGAUCUAUUAAGUGGACAGAAGGCAAACAUUAAUGCUCUUCUAUCUCCCAUCAUCUUCUUCCCAGGUCACUGGCCAUCUUGUAGCUUUGCACAGCACCACCUUGUGGCCAUCACACACGCACUGCACACACCACAAACUAUACAAACACCUAUGUACGUCUUCCUUGUAUUUAUUUGUUUACUUAAUCAUAUUUGUUUUGUAUAAAAAUCCAUUUAGAUCUGUUUAUGAAUAUUUUUGGUAUGAUGAAAGUGAAAGUCAGAUUUGAAAGGGUAUUUAUAUUGUUCCUAGCAAUUAACUCUUGUCUGUGUGUGUGUGUGUGUAUGUCUUGUGUCAUACAUUUUAAACACUGGGGAGAAUCUGUAAAGUUUAGGUUUUUUUAAUGGUUUUGAAUGAAAGCACAUUGCGAUAAUUAUUGAUGACCGAGCAUGAGGAUCUCAAUUUCAGACAGAGUGUUUGUGGCCACAAUAUUACAGUUUUGUUUUUUGUAGGGAAGUCUUCUAUUCAUUUUAGUCUCUUUUGCUUCACUCUGUCCCAUUAAAUUUGUUUUUCCAUGUUUGUGCUGUAACUCCAGAUAUGUGAAUAUUUCAAUCAGGAUUUGUGUCCCAUCUGUCUGUUUAAUGCAUCUUUAAGUGCUUUUAUUAAUCUCACUUAGCAUUCAACUCAUAUAAUCUAGGGCUUUUAUUGAAGUAAUGCUGCAGGUUGAGCAUGCAGGGUAUUGUUUGUGGGGAGGCACAUUAGGACAUGUGUCUUGCUGUUAUUUUUAUACUAUGUUUCCAAAAGCAUUCUGAUUUUAUUUUGCCUCCCAUCACUCAACAAAAUCAGUUUUACUUCUUUACUACCAUUAUUGUUUCUUCUCAUUGAACAUCAUCCAAAAAAAGCUGCACUUUUUUUAUUCAAAGAAAAAAAUAUUUAAUUAAAGCAUUGCAUACAUUA